AUGGAACUGUACAUAGAGUACGAAGCAAAGAUAAUCUCCAAAGAUCGCGAUGGUUAUAUAGGCGUAAGAGUGACCGCACAUCCGCAUUUCAAAAUGAAUCAGUUACCGAUUCGAGAAAAGCAGACCGAAUACCACGGUGACAACGGCAACUCGUUUUGCUCCUCCAGCGAUGGACAACUGUACGGGUCCACCUUUACCAACGUGGGACUGCAAACACCCGACGAAAUGGUGGACGCAGAGUUUGGUCAGGAACUAGGUCAAGAACCAUUCAAAUUCGACAUCGAAGACAUGCUCAGGGAGAUGCGAGCGGCUAUCGACACGACCAUUUACAGUUCUCCCCUAUCGGACGAUCAGACCGACUGGACUGUGAUCUUGCAUGAAAUAGUUUCCUAG